AACACCAGAACUUGGGGGUCAGGCGGAUCUCUGUGAGUUAUGGACAGGCAGAGCUGCAAGAGCAAUCAGUCAAUCAAAAACGACAAACUGGAAAUGUUAGUGUUCUGGAAGUGAAAGGCAGCAGUUAGUGUAGGCAGCUCAGACCCGCUAGGGACUAUCACAGGAAGGGACCCUGCCUCGACCCUCCCGGGCUGGGCUCCUGAGGAACUGUAGUGACUGGCCAGGCUGCUCCAGGUCCUGCUCUCUGCAGAUCCCAGAUCUCGGUGGAGCUUCUUCUCUCUAGGCAGCGGGGGAGGGUAACUACACAUUCCAUAGCAAUUCCUCAAGGCAGCAGGCCUGGAGAUCUCCAUCCACGGGACAGUCUGCCGGGGGUCGGGGUGGAUGCACAUCUCAAAGGAAGAGCUGUCUCUGGUUGGCUCCAUGUGAGUCCGGUCGGGGUGGAUGCACAUCUCAAAGGAAGAGCCUGUCUCUGGUUGGCUCCAUGUGAGUCCGGCCAAAAGAACCUGGCAAAGUUCACCCCACGAGGAACCCCCAGAGCCCGUCAAUGAGCCUGCCACACUGAGGGCACUGGAGGAGAGUUACAACAGCAUGGAUGACUAAAGACUUUGUCCCCUCACCGUCAUAAAAAACAAAAUAAUAAAGAUUUUGUAUCUUUCCUUCUGAUUCUUCGUCUCUCUUUUUCGACAUCAGAAGCAGCAGAAUGGAGGCCAGGCUAUACAACGCCACCAUCUUCUGCUCCUCAUAGAUGUUCAUGGGGUUCACCAGGAGCUGAAAGAGACCUGAAGGAACAGGGUGAAGUCAAAGGAAAGCAGUGGCAGGAAACUCCCCUGGCUGGCGCCAUAGGAACCGACUCCAGGAAACCGGAAGAGCCCAGCGUAGGAGCAUCUGUAUGGCUGAAAAGGGGACAGCUGAGCUCAUAGCCUCCUCUGGCUGGAUGAGGUUCACUAAGGAGCCCUUUUCAUCCUCGACGGCUGUCUGUCCGGAGGUUCCCGGGCUGUGAGAUUUUGGCGAGAGAAGGAAAGUGCUGCCCGUGUCCUUUGCCUCCCUCGCAGCCCAGCCGGUGACUGCGCUCUGCGUCCUUCAGCUCACCAGCCCUGAGCCAGCAGAACUGGGUCACAGGUUCCGAGACACACCGCGGGAUAAACCUGGCGGAACCUUAGAAUCGGACGAAGGGUUCCGGAUCUACAGAACCCGGGGGCCCUCUUCUGGAGGCCCCCCCGGCAUUUGGUCCUAGCAGCCAUGUCCAAAGUUGAUGUUAUGGAGUGGCCCUCCGGGGAGGAGGGGCCCAGCAUGGCACGGGCUGUGGUCCGAAGCAUGGGUGGCUUUGUUCUGGGUUUGUCCUUGGCCACGGCCUACGGGCUCCUGGAACUUCUGGUGGAAGGACACAGCACCUAUGGCUGCCUGGUGGUCACGGUCACUUUGGCUGCCUUCCUUAGCCUGGGCAUGGGCUUCUCCCGCCAGGUCCGCGUCAGUGUCCUCCUGCUCCUUCCCCAGGCCUUCUCCAGGCAGGGUCGGAUGCUGCUGUUGGUGGCUGCCUUUGGGCUUGUCCUGCAAGGGCCCUGUGCCAAUACCCUGCGUAACUUCACCCGGGCCAGCGAGGCUGUGGCCUGUGGGGCAGAGCUGGCCCUGAACCAGACUGCGGAAGUGCUGGAGCGGGCCAAGCAGCCCCUUGUCAGUGCUCUGGCCAAGAUUAAAGCUAUCGCCCAGAGGGCCAAAGUGGUGGCUGACCGGGUACGCAGGUUCUUCCGGUCCAUCAUGGAUGGUGUGAAGCAUGUAGCCAGGGCCCUGCGGAACGUGUGGUACUGGCUCCUUCACAUCGGUGACGUGUGCAACUCGGAGCUGGGCAACCCGUACACAAAAUGCGCCCGGCUAUUCGACGAUGCCAAGGACAACUGCAUGGAGAUCAUGCCGCGAGUCUAUCACCUGUGUUUCGUGGUCAUGCCCUUCAAGUUGGUGCUCUGUGGACUUGCCAGCUUGGUCCAGAUGUUCUGCGUCAUCCCCACGUACAUCCAAGUCUUCCUGCGGAAGACCAUCAGCACCCCUGUGUUGAAGCUGCUUAACCAGGUGCGUCGUGAGUUUGAAUUCAACAUGACAGCCACGCACUACUUCUCCGUGGACCUCAAUGCCUCUCGGAGCCUGUCCCAGGUGGCUUUGGACCUGCACGAGGCCGUCAGCAUGAAGCUGUACAGUGUCAGGGAGGUCCUGGCUCUGAUGGGCUACACCCUGCCUCUCCUCUUUACACUUCUCUACCUCCAAGCCCUGUGGUAUCGGUACUGUUACCUGAACUGGGACAGUUUUGACAACGUCUACAUCACCAGCCGCUUCUUGCGCAUGGAGGCAGUCCGCGCCGAGGCCGGGCUGCCCACAGUGCUGCCGCUCAGCUCUCACGAGGCCAGACGCUACAUCCAACCAGGCUCCAUCUUCCUGACCCGAUGGGAGAAGAUUUUCUAUAUGUUGGGGACGUUUGACCUCGCCCGUCACCUCCUCCUUGUGUUCCUCCUGGUCUUUCUGGACUACGCUGUCUUCUGGGUACUUGACCUGGCCCGGUACCACCUCCAGGGCGAGAUUGUAGCCCGCAGUCCUGUGCUAGUAUCCAUCACGGUGGAGGGGACCGGAUAUUCGGGGAGUAUUUACCGCGACCUGGUGUCCGCUUUUGACGUCCUGCAACAAGGCAACAUCAGUAUAUUGUCCCGGCGCUGCCUCCUGCACCCCUCAGAACCGGACGCCAGUGGUUACAUCCUUAUCGGUACCAUGUACGGCCUGUGCUUCUUCGUCACUCUGUUUGGCAGCUACGUCAGCAGGCUGCGGCGCGUCAUCUGUGCCUCCUAUUACCCGUUCAGGGAACAGGAAAGGAUCUCCUACCUCUACAACACGCUUCUGAGUCGUCGGACCAACGUGGUGGCUGCGGUGCACCGAGCUGUGAUGCGGCGGGCAGCUGACCAGGGUCACAUGAGCCUCCUCCAGGUGCUAGCCUUCAGGUGUCGUUGCCUACGUCCUUUGCUCAGCCAAUUUUUGCUGCAUCAGUACUACUGCCUGGGCUGUGGGCAGCCUGAGGGCCAAGGGGACAUGGAGGAGAACUUUGUGUCCUGCAGUACCCCAGGCUGCAAAGGUCUCUACUGCCCUACCUGCUUCCGUCUCCUGGACAACACCUGUUCUGUGUGUGCCUCUCCUCUCUCCAAGCAGGGCCACCUGGAUCUGGAGCUGGACUCCAGUGACGAGGAGGGCCCUCGGCUCUGGCUGGCUGCAGCUCGAAGAAGGACCCCCGAGCAGGUGCAGAAACUUCGACAACAGCUCCAGGAAACACUGGGCAAGAGCCUCUCAGGCGAGUCCCACUCCGAGUCCAGUGAUGAGGACCAAGGGAAGGAGCCCUAAAGGAUGCUCCCGCAGCAUCUCCCAGCUCAUCAGUCUGCGGGCCUUCCCUUGCCCCCCGGAGCCCCAGGAACUACUUCAGAAAUUCACUGCCCCCAAAGCAGCUCCCUCCCCAGCCUCAGAACCUCCUGACCCCUCCCACUCACCCCCAAAAUAAAGGAACCAGAAGUGGA